CGCUCGGGAACAGAGGGAUAUAUUACCUAGAGACUCGCUCGGUCAGCCUUUCACUCUUUUUCUUACUUCCACCCCCAAUCGCUCUUUGUUAUUUUCAUUUUACCGCUCGUGCAUUGUGCCCUUGCGAUGAUCUAGGGCUUGGCGGCCGGGUUCGAUAGAUCGCAGAUCUUACGGCACAAUCCCAAAGAUAACACACGAGUUUGACCACAGUUUCUCCACAGUCCCGCACACGAAUCUUGCUCGUACCAGCGGCGUCAGCCGGCCGCUUCGAUUCUAGCUCUGCCGGGAACCACUGAAUCUUGCGCCGAGACGAUGGAGCGCUCGUUUUUACAUUCUCCACGCGAUGUCCUCCAGCACUUUCAAGUCGAUGAGCAGGAGGGUCUUUCCAGCGCGCAAGUUUUGAAAUCGAGGGAGAAAUAUGGUUCCAACGCCAUUCCGGAAGAACCGCCAACACCGCUAUGGGAACUUAUACUGGAACAAUUCAAGGAUCAACUAGUUAUAAUCCUCCUGGGUUCGGCUGUCGUUUCGUUUGUACUCGCACUCUUUGAGGGAGGCGACGACUGGACCGCUUUUGUUGACCCCGCAGUGAUCCUUACAAUCCUUAUCUUGAAUGCGAUAGUCGGCGUAUCACAGGAGAACAGCGCAGAGAAGGCCAUUGCUGCUCUUCAAGAAUACUCAGCAAAUGAGGCCAAAGUUGUUCGAGAUGGCGCUGUGCAACGCAUCAAGGCUGAAGAGCUCGUUCCUGGAGAUAUCGUUCACGUGGCUGUCGGCGACCGUAUUCCUGCGGAUUGCAGACUUGUCUCCAUCCAGAGUAAUAGCUUCCGCGUCGACCAGGCUAUAUUGACUGGGGAGAGUGAAAGUGUCUCCAAGGGUACUUUAGAAAUCAAGGACUUUCAGGCUGUGAAACAGGACCAAACAAAUAUCCUAUUUUCCGGAACUACGGUUGUCAGCGGCCAUGCCACUGCAGUCGUUGUUUUAACCGGGUCGAGUACCGCGAUUGGUGAUAUCCACGAGAGUAUCACAGCUCAGAUCUCCGAGCCAACGCCAUUGAAACAAAAACUCAAUGAUUUUGGUGAUAUGUUGGCUAAGGUUAUCACGGUUAUUUGUGUCCUCGUUUGGCUCAUUAAUAUCCAACAUUUCAGCGAUCCGAGUCAUGGGAGUUGGACAAAGGGUGCAAUCUAUUAUCUCAAGAUUGCUGUCUCGCUUGGUGUGGCUGCCAUUCCAGAAGGCCUGGCUGUAGUUAUCACCACUUGUUUGGCCUUGGGAACACGAAAGAUGGCUGCAAAGAAUGCCGUUGUUCGGUCUUUGCCAUCCGUGGAAACGCUGGGCAGCUGCAGUGUAAUUUGCUCAGACAAGACAGGCACCCUUACCACUAACCAGAUGAGCGUUGAAAGGAUUGUUUACCUCAAUGAGUCUGGCACCGGCCUUGAGGAAAUCAGCGUCGAAGGUACAACCUUCGCCCCCGUCGGCGAACUACGGAAAAAUGGUCAAGUUCAGGAAGAUCUUGCUGCUACGUCGUCCACGAUCUGUCAAAUGGCUGAAGUUUUGGCUAUGUGCAAUGAUGCGGCACUAUCGUAUGAUCCGAAGAGCGGAACUUAUAGCAAUGUCGGAGAACCCACUGAAGGAGCCCUCAGAGUGCUAGUUGAGAAAAUUGGCACAGAUGACAUGGACGUGAACCAAAAGCUGAAGCAUCUACCGGCAUCCGAACGGCUACAUGCAGCUAGCAAGCACUAUGAAAACCGACUGCCCCUAAAAGCUACCUAUGAGUUCUCUCGUGAUCGAAAGAGCAUGUCUGUGCUAGUGGGUAACGGGAAAAACCAAAUGCUCCUUGUGAAAGGUGCUCCCGAAUCGAUCCUCGAGCGUUGCUCCCAUACCCUGCUGGGAUCCAACGGCGCUAGGGUUCCCCUAUCUCUGAAUCAUGCCAAGCUGAUCUCGCAAGAAGUCGUGGAUUAUGGAAACAGGGGUCUUCGGGUUAUCGCCAUUGCCAGUAUUUCAAAUGUUGCAGAGGCGCCUCUUCUGCACACUGCAGAGACCUCAAAUGAGUACGAGAAGCUUGAACAAAAUAUGACCCUUAUUGGACUUGUUGGUAUGCUUGAUCCUCCUCGACCCGAAGUGGCUGCAUCAAUUCAGAAAUGUCGAGAGGCUGGAAUUCGAGUUAUUGUAAUCACGGGUGACAAUCAAAACACUGCCGAAUCCAUCUGUCGACAAAUCGGUGUGUUUGGAAAGCAUGAAGACUUGCGGGGCAAGAGUUUCACCGGAAGGGAAUUUGAUGCGCUCAGCGAGCAAGGAAAGAUUGAAGCUGCGAGACAGGCCUCCCUGUUCUCCCGUGUUGAGCCAACCCAUAAAUCGAAACUAGUUGACAUACUUCAGUCUCUCGGACAGGUCGUUGCAAUGACUGGAGAUGGUGUCAACGAUGCUCCCGCCUUGAAGAAGUCUGACAUCGGCGUCGCAAUGGGUUCCGGUACCGACGUCGCCAAACUUGCGGCGGAUAUGGUUUUGGCCGACGAUAAUUUCGCAACGAUUGAAGUUGCCGUCGAAGAAGGGAGAUCCAUCUAUAGCAACACCCAGCAGUUCAUCCGGUAUCUGAUCUCUUCCAAUAUCGGCGAAGUCGUGUCUAUCUUCCUUACAGCAGCGCUUGGCAUGCCAGAGGCUUUGAUCCCUGUCCAACUUCUCUGGGUCAACCUCGUCACUGAUGGCCUACCGGCCACUGCGCUGUCAUUCAAUCCCGCAGACCAUGAUGUUAUGAAGCGGCCGCCAAGGAAGCGUGGUGAAGCGCUGGUUAGUGGCUGGCUUUUCUUCCGGUACAUGGUGAUCGGUAUAUAUGUCGGUGUCGCAACUGUUUUUGGUUUCGCUUGGUGGUUUAUGUAUAAUCCACAGGGUCCGCAAAUAACAUUUUGGCAAUUAUCGCAUUUCCACAAGUGCUCUAGAGAGUUCCCCGAGAUCGGGUGCGAGAUGUUCACGAAUGACAUGUCAAAGUCGGCAUCCACGGUUUCGCUCUCUAUCCUCGUCGUUAUUGAGAUGUUCAACGCCAUGAACGCUCUGUCGUCCAGCGAGUCCCUUUUCACCUUCCCAUUGUGGAACAACAUGGUGCUUGUCGGCGCGAUCAUAAUGUCGAUGUCCCUUCAUUUCGCAAUUUUGUAUAUUCCAUUCCUGCAAGGCCUUUUCUCGAUCUUACCAUUGAACUGGCUCGAGUGGAAGGCAGUGUUGGCAAUCAGUGCGCCAGUUAUUGUGAUCGACGAAAUUCUUAAAUUCUUCGAACGCCAGUUAUAUGACACUCGUACGACCUUAGCUUCGAGUUGCACAAACGGAGAAGCCACAAAACCUAAAUUAUCCUAG